GUGAUCAGCUGUGUCCAAUCACAGCUGAUCGCAUGUAAAUAAGGAAAUGCCAGUUAUCGGCAUUUCUCUCCUCACUAGCUGUCAUGCUGACAGCUCGUGAGGAGAGCCGGGGACAUGUACACUGAACAUCAGGGCACUGAUGAUCAGUGUAGCCCCAGCAGUGCCACCUGUCAGUGUCCAUCAAUAUCAGCUAUCAGUACUCAUUAAUGGCACCUGCCAGUGUCCAUCAGUGCCACAUCAAUGCCACAUAUCAGUGCCUACCAGUGCACAUCAAUGCCACAUAUCAGUGCCCAUCUGAGCUGCCUUUCAGUGCCACCUAUCAGUGCCAGUCAGUGCCACCUAUCAAUGCCAAUCAGUGCCACCUAUCAGUGCUGCCUAUCAGUGCCAUAUAUGAGUGCUGC